AUGGCUAUAAAAUUAAAUUAUCAAAAUGAUGAAAUCGUAUCAACACCAACUGUAAUUGUUUCAGGUCAGACUACAAAUUGUAAAACGGGUAUAGUUUCAUUCACAAAUAAUGAAAACAAAGUAUUCCCACCACAAUAUUUCGAAAUUAAUAAUGGCCAAUUCAAAGCUAUUCUUCAUGUUUCAGAAAAUGAAAGAAAUGUAAUCAAGAUAGAAGUUAUGAAGAAUGGUGUUAUUAAUGAAUUUGGGUUUCCGACUUAUAAUGGACAUCCUAAUGUUGUUGAUACUGGUUAUUUAGCUAUUCAUCAUAAUCCCCUACCCCAAAAUAAGCCAAUACAUUUAUGUUUAAUCAGAGGUAGAGAUAGUUUGAAUACUUACGAUACGCCAAAAUAUAAAUUGAACAGAGGAGAAAUUCCAACUUUAGAGUCAGCAGUUAAGAAAUUAAAAGUCGCUGGUCGAUUAAUGCAAGCUUAUACUCAAGAGGAAAUGAGAUUAGUCGGAUUCAGUAAUCGAAGUUUCCAGUUUGUGGAGGAGGAAACUCACGAUCAAGGCUUAUUCGGAUAUAAAGUAAAAUCACCAACACCCCAUAAAGAAAUCAAAAUCUUUAUCUUAACUUCACCAUUAUCAGUUUCAGAAUUACGUAGUUAUGAAUAUGCACAACAGAAUCCACAAGCUAAAGAAAACGGUUUCUUAUUCUCACACGCAAUAGAUUUAGUCAAACAGAAUAAAGAGAUAUAUCGUGGUGAAGGAACUGCUAUUCAAGCUGCCUGUAUGUAUUUAGAUUCAACAUGGGAUAGAAAAUUCAUUCUUACUCAUGCUGCAUUAGGUGGUGGGACAAAUGAAGUUAAAAUGGCAAUAUUUGGAUCUCAUGGCUUACAUUCAUAUCCAAUAAAUUUUCCGAAUAUCACGCCUGCAUUUCUUGAUUCUAUACAUUUGAGUACUAAUGAAGUUGCUAAUGAUUGUAAUGAGUGUGGAACAAGUUGGGAAUGUUUAAAUAUUUGUCUUGGGGCAUUUAUGCAUGAGAUUGGUCAUUCAUUGGGAUGUCCUCAUCAAAUUGAUGGUGUGAUGUUAAGAGACUAUGUUUGGUUCAAUAGAAGUUUCAUGACUAGAGAAUUAGAAAGUUUAAGAAGAAAAACAAGAGGUGAAGUUAUUGGUGGUAAUGGGUGGGGUAAAACAUGCCAUUGGAAUAGAUUAGAUUUGAUUCGAUUUUUAAUGCAUGAUUCAUUUUCAUUACCAAUUGAUCAAUUUGAACAUAUAUACUCAACUACGAGAAGACCAGAUGGAACAUAUCAAUUGAAUUCAGUACCUUUAUCAGUGAAUUUACCUGGUGGUAAAGCUACAGUUGAAUCUAAAUGUGGAAUAUUUUUAAUUGAAUUGAUAACUCAAGAUCUAGCUAGAUACCAUGUAGAAUAUCUUCCAAAACAAUAUGGUGGGAAAGAUUUACAACAUAAUAUGGAAUUGAACUACCAUGAAUUAUACAAAUCAUUGAAAUUAGUCAAAUCAGACGCUGGUGAAAAUUUCAGUAUUAGAAUCUUAUCACUUGGUGGUGAUUUAUUUAUAAAUAAUGCUAAAGAGUUUUUCUCAUCUCAAAAUUUCAUCAUGUCUGAUUUUGGAUUAGGUAGAGGUAAGUUACAAGGAAUCAAGAGUUCUUUACUUGGUAGAGAAAAUGGAAAUUUACAAUAUGGUGGAUUUAAUAUAAAAUCGAUAUAUAAGAUUAAGAUUUACCAUGGUGGAGCAUUAGAUGGAAUUAAAUUUUAUUAUGAAAAUGGAACUAUAACACCAACUAUCCCACCUAGAAACUACAUUAAAGGAUUAAUCAAACACCAUGUAAAUGCUCAAAAUGGAAAGGUUCAAGGUGGUUCUGAUGCUGUUACUUUAAUAGGUAAAGAAACAAAUAAUUAUUCAACAUUUAAAGUCCCACCUGGUGAAUUUGUCACUGAAUUUAAUGUUAGAAAUGGUGCUUGGGUUGAUGCUAUUCAGUUCAUAACUAAUAAAGGUAACAAAUCUCCAAUGUUUGGGAAUGCAAAUGGCGGGCAUUUAUCAAUUUUAAAAUCUCCAAAUGAUUCUUUGAGUAUUGUUGGGAUGUAUUUUUAUAUGGGUAGUUGGAUAGAUGGAUUAGGUUUGAUAUAUGCAUGA